ACCCACCCACACCGUGUGAUAUCUGUUGCAAAAUCAUAUAUUUAUAGUAUUUCAUUAAGCCGGCGGUUUUACCGGUUAAACCGGUUGAACCGUUCAAACCGCGAACCAGAGGUCAAAACGGUUUGACCUCCGGUUCGGGUUUGAAAACAUUGGAGCUGAUCAAGAAUCCAAGAGCCAUGAAGAAGGUACAAAUUGAAAUUAGGAGUUCUGUUGGAAAGAAAGGAAAGGUGGAGGCAGAGGAUGUUGCAAAACUAAAAUACCUAAAAAUGGUGGUUAAAGAAACCUUCAGGCUGCAUCCUCCAGCUCCUCUGUUAGUCCCACGCGAGGCGAUGCGCCAAUGUAGAAUUGGUGGUUUUGAUGUGUUUCCCAAAACAAGAAUCUUUGUUAAUGUAUGGGCUAUUGGGAGAGAUUCAAAUUUGUGGGAAAACCCCUAUGAGUUUUACCCCGAAAGAUUCGAGGACAAUGAUAUUGACUUCAAAGGAUCCAAUUAUGAGUUGCUGCCUUUUGGAGCUGGUCGAAGAAUUUGCCCUGCUUUGGCCAUGGGAAUUACGAAUGUGGAGUUCGCACUUGCCAACCUAUUGUAUUGUUUUGACUGGGAAUUGCCUGGUGGGAUGAGGAGGGAAGAUAUCAGCAUGGAGGAAGAAGGUGGGUUGGUUUGUCACAGGAAGACACCCCUUGUUCUUGCACCAAUUAGAUAUUGUUUGCAAGAUUAGAUAGAACUAUAAGAUUCCAAGAUACUAAUUAUGUUUUUCUAUUCACCCUAGCUAGCAUGUUCCCGUCGUUUAUAUGUACUCUGUUUACCUCGGCAUCGUCUGUCUUUCGUCAGUGUUACUCUCUAUGAAGAGGUUGAAUAAAGAAAGACGCUUAUA